GAGAUGUCGGAUCUACUACUAGUAUUCAUUCGCCCUCUUCUUUGCGACUCAUAUUUUUCUUUGGUUCCCCUUUAGAUCCCAUAUCCACCGAACCCAAAAUCUAGCCUAAGUGGCGUAUCAAUAACGAAGUUUACCCAUUAUAAUUUCGUUCAGUAUCGAGAGAUACCAGGGACGAACUCGGAACCUACCAUGGCUCCCGUUUUACCAGUACUGGCUUCCGAUAGCUCCGUCGGUCAUAUAGUAGCUCUCAAGCUUAGCUACAUAACUCCAACGAGCACUUGGCCAGACGCUGUCUCCAAGGUUAUCUCCGCCCGUCAACAGGGGACCACCACUACUGUCAUCGCGGAGAGUAACGGCGAUUCAACCCAUACCUUGUCCGGUGGAGCAAUCGCCGGUAUUGUCGUCGGCUCUAUCGCCGGGUUCUUGCUCCUGCUUUGGAUCAUCCGUUCGUGCAUCAACUACCGCAACCCUGGGGGGUGGGGAGAGAGUUUCGAGCCGGAGUUUGAGAAAUCGCCAUCCAGACAUCACCAUAGCUCGACACGGUACCCCAGAGAAAUACACGAUCACCGAUCGCACUCUCGCCACUCGCAUAGGAGUCCCCGGCGCACAUCCGUGGUGAGCGUGACCAGGCCUGUCUACGUCGAGCAGCAUCGAAGUAGAAGCCCGAGGGCACCACCUACGGUCUACCACUCAGAUGGCAGGGAUUACCGAAGGUCAAGCGAUGCCAGAAGGUAUUCGCGGGCAUCUUCGCGGGGGCACUAGUUGAAUAGGGUCUUACGAAGCAGUGCAAUAUUAUCAUUGUUAUACAUACGACAAGGGAUGAUCUUGACGCUUAUCUUAUACGGAUGACGAUUUGGACUGGAAAUGAUUUCUUCUUUUUUUCCCUCCUUGACUAAGACAUGUCUACCUAGGGACUUAGGGACCUAGUUA